AUGGACAAAGAAGCCAAGCCCAGGGGCAAAUCUCAUAUCGUCUUCGCCGACGUACGCGAAGUCGAUGACCUGAAGAAGCUCGGUUAUGAGCAGGAGCUAGCACGAUCGAGAGGACUACCCCACAUCCUAUUCAGUGCGUUUGCAAUUCUUGCUUCAUUUCCAUAUGGUCUCGGUGCCCCCAUUGCGACGUCCCUUGUUGCCGGAGGGCCUGUCCCGAUGUUCUGGGGGUUACUUCUCGUCUCUCUGCUCUCUCUUUUCGUUGCGCUUUCCCUAGGAGAGAUCGCCUCCAAAUAUCCCACGUCCGCGGGCGCGUACUACUGGUGCUAUCGUCUGGCACCACCUCGGCAUCGACUCCUCAUAUCAUACAUCACCGGAUGGCUAACUGUAACAGGAGACUGGAUGGUCAGCCUCAGCGUAACGUUUGGCACGGCACAACUUCUCGUCGCAGGCAUAAACAUAUACCAUCCUGAAUGGGAAGCAACCGCAUGGCAAACCUACCUCAUCUUUCUGGGCAUGCUCGUCGUAACAAGCAUCUUCUGCGUUUUCUUCAAUCGAUAUCUGCCUAUGAUCGAUAUUCUCUCUGCCUACUGGAUCGCCAUUGGCCUCGUAGUCAUGCUUGUGUGCCUUUCUGUGGAGGCGAAGGCAGGGCGGCACUCUGCAGAGUUCGCGUUCACGCACUUCGAUACCUCGUUUUCCGGGUGGACGCCUGGUUGGGCCUUCUUCAUCGGCCUCUUUCCGGCGGGCUACACAUUCUCGGCCAUAGGCAUGACGACUAGCAUGGCCGAGGAAGUACACAACCCUUCCAUCAACCUGCCUCGGGCGAUAGUUUGGUCUGUUCCCAUUGGAUGUUUGAUGGGCAUUGCCUUCAUCCUCCCCAUCAACUUCACGCUACCAGACACUGGCGUGCUACUAGAAGUGGCAUCUGGCCAGCCCAUCGCUGUCAUGUACACCUUGAUCAUGGGAUCCAGAGGCGGGGGGUUUGGGAUGUGGUUCAUCAUCUUCGGCGUCGGCAUCUUCUGCGCUAUCUCGAUUAACUGCGCCGCUUCGCGCGCUACCUGGUCGUUCGCCCGCGACAAAGCCAUACCGUUCUACAGCACCUUCGCCAAGGUCGACUCGCGGUUCUCGGAGCUGCCUCUCAACGCGUUCCUCCUCUGCAUGGGCGUGGAAGCGCUGCUGGGGCUGAUCUUCCUCGGGUCCAGCGCAGCGUUCAACGCGUUCGUCGGGGUAGAAGUGAUGUGCCUUGGGGCAAGCUACGCGAUCCCGAUCAUUGUGCUGCUCGCUGGGGGCAGGAAGGGCGUUGCGGGCGCGCCUUACCCCCUCGGGAACUGGGGCUGGUUCAUCAAUGUCAUGGCGAUCCUUUGGGUUGCGCUGGAGAUGGUGCUGUUCUCCAUGCCGGCGGCCCUUCCGGUUGACCAAUCGACUAUGAACUACGCGUCCGUCGUGUUCGUUGGAUUCGCGGCGAUCAGCGCGGUGUGGUAUAUGAUUAGUGGCCGUUUCCAUUACAGAGGUCCUCCUGGGGUCCACGACACCGACGUCGCAGACGCUGAUGAGCAUUACGUGAAAGCGUGAGCUCUCAUAUGAAUCCAUGUACCUGUUCAUCGAGAGAGACAGUGUACAUCGCACACAUGGUGAACAAUGACAAUCUAGCAUACACUCGCGAAGAGGACGCGGAA